CACCGGCCAUGCAGGGGCCCAGGCGAGCACGGGAAGCUCCCCUGGGGGCCGUGCUCACCCCCCGCGAGAGGGCCCUGCUCCGUGCGGCCGAGCCCGCGUCCAGGAGGACCACAGUGGAGGAUGCGCCCGCCCAGCGGCCAGCCCCACCGCAGGGGCACCGGCAGCGGCCACAGGAGCUGGUGGAGGCCCAUGAACGCCACAUGGCCGAAAUCCGGGCCAGGACCCAGCAGCUGGAGCAGCAGAGAGAGGGGCUGUGCCAGCGGCUGGCGGCACUGCGGGCUCAGGCAGCCAUGGAGGCCCAACCUCCCAGCCAGGGGGAUGUGGAGCUGAUCCAGGCCCCCGCAGCCCCGCAGGACCUGGUCGGACACCUGGAUGCAGCACACAGACAGGCCACCCUGCACCUCGACAGCCUCCUGCCAGCCGCCGGGCCGCUCGCCGCCGAGGCCAGGGCCCUGCGCCUGUCCUACCUGCGAGCUGGGGGACACGACCCGCACAUCCUGGACCAGCUCCUCCACCUCCAGGUGGAGGCCACGGUGCUGGAGAAAGGACCCCAAGGGCAGCAGAGAGGCAAGAGGCCAAGUAAGCACUAACCCCAGCCCCAUUGCCCAGCCUAGGCCCUGUACCCACUGCUGGCAACUGAGCCCCCCCAGCUGUGCCAGCAGAGCCCUCCAGCACUGGUGCCCGGGGCCUGGAUGCGGCGCUGCUGGUGGUAGAGCUGGAGAACCGGCGGCUGGAAGAUGAGCUCUUGGCAGUGAAGGUCAGGAGGGAGAGGAGAGCUGAUGCCGGCUCACAGGCAGCCCAGCGGCAGGCACAGGAGCUGGCCCAGCUCCAGGCAGAGGUGGGGAUGCUGCAAUGCCACACGGAGUGGAUGGGGCCUCGGCUGCCCCCCACCAACCUCCCGCCCCCCGUGCUCCCCCCCAUCCCACCAGCCUUGGCUGCACCAGAGCUUCUCGUGGACUUUCCCAGGCCUGCCCUGGGCCCAGGCAGCCCCACAGCCCCCGGCCACCCCCAUGUGCCCCGGGGCCUCACCUCUUUUGUGGCUUUGGAGGAUCCUCCACCACCUGCUCAGGAGCUCCCAGCACAGCACAAACCUCCCCAUCCCCAGAGGUGAGCUGGGAAUGGGUCAUGUCCACACAGCGCUGCCCCAGCAUCCCAGUGUCCCCUCACCAGGCUGGAGCAGGAAAUUGGGGCUUUGUUAACAAGUGUGAUGAGGGGAUGGCAAAAUUUGUUACAGCUGCAGGGAUGGGGCUUGGGCCCAGCUGUGUGAUGAGCACAGGGCCCUGCAGUGCUGGGGAAGGGGGGAAGCACACGGGGCCCCUCCUGGGACCAGGGAGGCUCUGAACAUUUUGACAGCAUCAAGAGCCACCCCAGGGCUCAGCCUCCACCUCAGGCUGCUCCUUGCCCCAGCAGUGCCCACAGCUGAGUUGCUGCAUCCUGUCAUGGGGUGGUGGUGAG